ACGCUAGGGAUCUCGAUCUCGUUCUCUCCGGCGACACCUUUGUAAUUGUUUCCGGUGGGAUCUCGAGUUUGGAUACGAUCUCGAUCCGAUCCGUAGUGUCUGUUUAACCUAGAUCCAAAUCUCCAUGGCUCCAGUUUCGGCUUUGGCCAAAUACAAGCUUGUUUUCUUGGGGGAUCAGUCUGUCGGCAAGACAAGUAUCAUCACUCGCUUCAUGUACGACAAAUUCGAUAACACUUACCAGGCUACCAUUGGUAUUGACUUUCUGUCGAAAACAAUGUACCUCGAAGAUCGGACAGUUCGACUGCAGCUCUGGGAUACUGCAGGACAGGAAAGAUUCAGGAGUCUUAUUCCAAGUUACAUUAGGGAUUCCUCCGUGGCCGUCAUUGUCUAUGAUGUUGCAAGUAGGCAAUCCUUCCAAAAUACUUCGAAGUGGAUCGAAGAGGUGCGAACUGAACGGGGUAGUGAUGUUAUAAUUGUGCUUGUUGGGAACAAAACCGAUCUUGUGGACAAAAGGCAAGUCUCAGUUGAGGAAGCUGAAGCCAGGGCUCGUGAACUCAAUGUUAUGUUCAUCGAAACUAGUGCCAAGGCUGGCUUCAAUAUCAAGGCUCUAUUUCGGAAGAUUGCGGCCGCUUUACCUGGAAUGGAAACACUUUCUUCAACAAAACAAGAAGACAUGGUCGACGUCAAUCUUAAGUCUUCAAACCCAAAUGCAUCUCGGUCGCAGCAACAGUCUGGAGGAUGUUCCUGCUGAUGAUACACCCCUUACACACAAACAUACAUCACCGAUCUGAGGUAUGUAUGCUUAUCGACAUUUAUUCUGUGCUUCCAAUAUCCUCCCCCCACAAAGUGUUUCUGUAAAAAAGGAAAAGAAAAAUCUGGUCUCCCCCCUUUUUUGUAGCCUUGACAUUUUGGGUUUGAUGGAAUGUUCUUGAGAGGAGAUUUUAAAUUUUAUCAUAGUAGUAAUUAGCCUUGUCCUAUAUAUGUACGGUUCUUGUUAUCUCAUUCAAUUUAGGUUUGAUGGGAUGUGCCAAAUUUGUUGUUUCUCGUAUAUCAACUUUUGUGGGCUUUGCCUUUUCUUUUC